AUGGCCGCCUGUAAUAAUUACAAGUUAGAAGAUAUUUCCGGUUUAAUAAAAUCCGGAAAAUUAUCUAUUCUCCACUUUGCAAUCGAAGCUUCUGAUGAGAAAUUUAUCGACUUCCUGCUGGCAAAUAAAGUGGACCUGGAUCUCAAUAUGCCAUCUCGAGGAACAGCACUUCACUUAGCCGUCAGCAAACAAGACUUUGACCUGGUGAAGAAGUUGAUUAAUUCCGGAGCUGAUGUCAACGCUGUGAAAGAAGACAUCAUGGAUAGUUACUAUAAGUGGUCAACUUUGCAUCUAGCAAUUUAUUCGGGGAAUGCUCGAAUUGUGGAAUUACUGUUAAAAAAUAAUGCCACCAUCGAACAAGGAAGUGAAAAAGUUUAUUCUUCGUUGCGAUUGGCCAUAAGGGCCAACAACAUCAAAAUCCUCCAGCUUCUAGAAACCUUUGGAGCGGAGGUAAAUGUGAUCAAGGAUGGAAAAUAUACGACGGAAUUAAAUCUGGCAAUAGAAGAAGACAACCUCGAAGUUGUUAAGUUCUUUUUAAAAAAGUGUAGUGAUGUAAACGGCCUCAUCGACGAUUUUUCCGGUGAAAAUUUACUUCAUAAAGCCGUUAAAAAUUAUAGUGAUGAGUCGAUAAGCAAAACGUUACUCCAUUAA